AUGUCUAACGCUAAAAAAUUUGAAGCCACCACUCUAAAUGGAGGAUCCAACCAAAGCAUUGAUGUUGAGUCUUUACAGCGAAAAUAUGAGCAAGAGCGAGCGAAACGUUUGCAUAUCGAUCAGUGUGCCAUAAAGCCCACUGGCCGCCCCGCGAAGAUCGCCAACUAUCUCAAAGACCCCUAUGUUGAACCAGGCUUCAGCCGUAGUCCGGUCAACGCUGUUUACGAUAUCACCAUCAUUGGAGGUGGCUAUACAGGACUACAGAUUGCAGCUCGCCUUGUUCAACAAGGACAUGAGAACAUAUGCUUGAUUGAGAGAGGUGGCGAUGUCGGUGGAACUUGGCAAGUAAAAUUUUCUAUCGCCAGCCAUCAUAUGCUAACACACCCAGGUACUGGAAUCGUUACCCCGGGAUCCAAUGCGACAUCGAUGCUUAUAUUUAUAUGCCACUCCUUGAAGAAACAGGCAACAUGCCCACAAAGAAAUACGCAUCUGACUGAGAUGACCAGUGCUACCUGGGAUGAGGGUGCUCACCUAUGGAGGAUCAUGACGAAUCGAAACGACAAUAUAUUCACAAAAUGGUUCAUUCCGGCCUCCGGCCCCUUUCAUACUCCGAAAUUUCCCGAAAUACCCGGCAUUGAUUCCUUUGAGGGUAUAAGCUUCCACAGUAGUCGCUGGGACUAUACAUAUACAGGAGGCUCGGUAGACAAGCCCGAGUUGGUUAACCUUCAGGAUAAGAGGGUAGGAAUUAUCGGAACCGGCGCUACGGCCGUACAGAUUGUGCCGGCAGUUAGCAAAUGGGUCAAGGAGCUGUAUGUAUUCCAGCGAACUCCGUCAGCGAUUAAUGCACGAAACCAAAAGAACACGGAUUAUAAUUGGGCCAAGGCGCUACCGUCGGGAUGGCAGCGAGAAAGGAUGCAGAACUUCACCACGAUCAUCAGCGGCGGUGAAACUCAGCAAGAUCUAGUGAACGAUGGCUGGACUGAAGCUAUCCGCUCAACCCCGGGUUUCUUCGGCACCGGUGGUGAUGGAGCUGACAGUGCAGCCAUGGCCAAGCGUCAGCAGCUGGCCGAUUUUAAGAAGAUGGAGUCCGUACGAGAGCGCAUCGACCACGUUGUGAGAAACAAGGCCACUGCGGAGGCACUUAAGCCAUAUUAUCAGCAAUUCUGCAAACGUCCGUGCUUCCAUGAUGAAUACCUGGAAGCUUUUAACAGGGAUAAUGUCUACCUUAUCGACACAGGAGGUUGUGGAGUCGAGGGCGUGACUCAGUCUGGCAUCGUCGCCCGUGGAAAGGAAUGGCCUGUCGACUGUAUAAUAUAUGCAACUGGCUUUGAAUUUGGGGGAGACUUCACAAAAGACAAUGCUCCUAUUACUGGCGUCAAUGGUAUUUCUUUGUCUGAUAAGUGGAAGGACGGACCCACGACAUUCCACGGCUGGGCGGUCAGCGGCUUCCCUAACCUUUUACUCAUGGGAGUGGCACAGUCGGCACCAAACCCUAACUGGACGCAUAGCAUGGUUGAGAUGGGUAGCCACCUGAUCUACAUCAUCCAGGAAUGUGAGAAGCGCCGAGUCAAGACUAUUGAGCCAUCUGAGGAGGCAGAACGUGGCUGGGUCGCGGAUGCAGUCCAAAAGAGCGAAACUCGUGCCGACUUUCUCAAGAAUUGCACUCCGGGGUACUAUAACAAUGAGGGCGAGGUGAAUGAGAAGACAUUGCGUGCCCAGCCAUACAGUGGAGGUGCCUUGCUCUUUAACUCCAUAAUCACAAAAUGGAGAGACGACGGUAAUCUUGAGGGUAUGUUGUUGACGGUUGAGAGUGAAGAGUGA